CUGUUGAAUAUGCCGAUAAUACAGUAAUUAUCUCAAACAUCUCAGGACAGGUUCUACAUGUUCUGCCUCAGUUGUUUCUAAAACAGUUCUACCUCUUUCCAUUUCCUGUCUCACCAUUGCCAGACAGUGGAGAUGUUUGAAAUGGUCUUUGUUUACAGGAGACACCAUGAGGAAGUGCAGUCCCUGGACGUUUCUCCCUAUCAUGUACUCUCUCUUCACAGCCGCUGGACUCUGGGUUGUGUAAGUUUCUUAUUUUGUCAGAUUUUUUCCAGAUACUUUUAGCUAUCUCACACACCAUUUGGCUUUACAGCUGUGUGUGUGUGUGUGUGUGACUUUAACUUAAAUGACUUUGGUUAUAGGUAUUUUAUAGCUGUUGAAGAUGAGAAGAUAACACCCCUGAGUUCAGAAUACAAGUAAGGUGGAUUAUAAAUGAAAAAGUAGAAAUAUGUUAUUCCAGUUAUUAUGACCAUGCACCAUUUCUAAAUAUUACAUGUAAUUUUUCACAGGCGAUCUGGAACUAAAUCCCCUCCAUAUAUAAGGUACACAGCCUAUGAGUACCAACCUAAUUGGUUACUGAUCUUUACCUAGGAUUUGUGCUUCCUGUCAAUACAAUUGUCUCUCUCUCUCUCUCUUUCAGCAUUGCAGGCAAUGCUCCCCCAGCCAGCUGUGUAUUUAGCCAGGUUAUGAACCUGGCUGCCUUCGUAGGUAAGCCUGAUGCAUGUUCUCCUAUCAUUUGUUAUACAAAGUUUACAUGUACAUGAAAACAUGGUCAACAUUGGACAUUGUACCAUAAUAAUGGCAGGAUAUGAGAUGCAGGAUAGAGACAAGAAUAGAAACAACAGGAGCAUAUUAUAAAAUGGGGAAGUACUGUCUAUUGAUUUGGAUGGAUUUACAGUCAGCAGUUCCAGUGGCAGAACAUGUAGUGCUCAUUACAAACAGUUAUUGAUGGUGUUAGUAUUGAGCUGAAACAAAGGCCUGCACACCCUGUGGGUCCCCAGGACCAGGAAUGACAUGUGGUCCUCUGUAGCUCAGCUGGUAAAGCACGGCGCUUGUAACGCCAAGGUAGUGGGUUCGAUCCCCGGGACCACCCAUACACAAAAAUGUAUGCAUGCAUGACUGUAAGUCGCUUUGGAUAAAAGCGUCUGCUAAAUGGCAUAUUAUUUAUUAUUACACUGCUCCAAAAAAUAAAGGGAACACUUAAACAACCCAAUGUAACUCCAAGUCAAACACACUUCUGUGAAAUCAAACUGUCCACUUAGGAAGCAACACUGAUUGACAAUACAUUUCACAUGCUGUUGCGCAAAUGGAAUAGACAACAGGUGGAAAUUAUAGGCAAUUAGCAAGACACCCCCAAUAAAGGAGUGGUUCUGCAGGUGGUGACCACAGACCACUUCUCAGUUCCUAUGCUUCCUGGCUGAUGUUUUGGUCACUUUUGAAUGCUGGCGGUGCUUUCACUCUAGUGGUAGCAUGAGACGGAGUCUACAACCCACACAAGUGGCUCAGGUAGUGCAGCUCAUCCAGGAUGGCACAUCAAUGCGAGCUGUGGCAAGAAGGUUUGCUGUGUCUGUCAGCGUAGUGUCCAGAGCAUGGAGGCGCUACCAGGAGACAGGCCAGUACAUCAGGAGACGUGGAGGAGGCCGUAGGAGGCCGUAGGAGGGCAACAACUUCGCCACUGGCGCCCUGUGCUCUUCACAGAUGAAAGCAGGUUCACACUGAGCAUGUGACAGACGUGACAGUGUCUGGAGACGCCGUGGAGAACGUUCUGCUGCCUGCAACAUCCUCCAGCAUGACCGGUUUGACGGUGGGUCAGUCAUGGUGUGGGGUGGCAUUUUUGGGGGGGCCGCACAGCCCUCCAUGUGCUCGCCAGAGGUAGCCUGACUGCCAUUAGGUACCGAGAUGAGAUCCUCAGACCCCUUGUGAGACCAUAUGCUGGUGCGGUUGGCCCUGGGUUCCUCCUAAUGCAAGACAAUGCUAGACCUCAUGUGGCUGGAGUGUGUCAGCAGUUCCUGCAAGAGGAAGGCAUUGAUGCUAUGGACUGGCCCGCCCGUUCCCCAGACCUGAAUCCAAUUGAGCACAUCUGGGACAUCAUGUCUCGCUCCAUCCACCAACGCCAUGUUGCACCACAGACUGUCCAGGAGUUGGCGGAUGCUUUAGUCCAGGUCUGGGAGGAGAUCCCUCAGGAGACCAUCCGCCACCUCAUCAGGAGCAUGCCCAGGCGUCGUAGGGAGGUCAUACAGGCACGUGGAGGCCACACACACUACUGAGCCUCAUUUUGACUUGUUUUAAGGACAUUACAUCAAAGUUGGAUCAGCCUGUAGUGUGGUUUUCCACUUUAAUUUUGAGGGUGACUCCAAAUCCAGACCUCCAUGGGUUGAUAAAUUUGAUUUCCAUUGAUAAUUUUUGUGUGAUUUUGUUGUCAGCACAUUCAACUAUGUAAAGAAAAAAGUAUUUAAUAAGAUUAUUUCAUUCAUUCAGAUCUAGGAUGUGUUAUUUUAGUGUUCCCUUUAUUUUUUUGAGCAGUGUAUUAUAAAGAGACUACCAGACCAGAGAGAGAUCCCUUAUGGGUCUUCUCCUUUCAGGUUUCAUCAUUGGUGUCCUCAGAUACCUGCAGCUGAAGCCCCGGGUCCACAAACCCUGGCUCAAUAUUGGCAGUCUGGUGGCCCUGUCCCUGGCCUGCUUCGGCAUGACCUUGGUGGGAAACUUCCAGGUAGGAGUCACUGGCUCCGUCCAGGAAAAAAAACCUUCAGCCCCUAGACACUUCCCCUAGUCCCUAACCCAGCGUUUCUCAAACUCGGUCCCCCCCCAAGGGGUGCACAUUUUGUUUUUUGCCCUAGCACUACACAGCUUAUUCAAAUAAUCAACUAAUCAUCAAGCUUUGACUAUUUGAAUCAGCUGUGUAGUACUAGGGCAAAAACCUAAAUGUGCACCCCUUGGGGUCCCCAGGACUGAGUUUGGGAAACGCUGCCCUAACCCCUAGACCAGGGCUCUCCAACCCUGUUCCUGGAGAGCUACCCUCCUGUAUGUUUUCACUCCAACCCUGUUCCUGGACAGCUACCCUCCUGUAUGUUUUCACUCCAACCCUGUUCCUGGAGAGCUACCCUCCUGUAUGUUUUCACUCCAACCCCAGUUGUAACUAACCUGAUUCAGUUUAUCAGGUGCGCUAAAUUAGGGUUGGCGCACCUGCCCUAGACUGUCCCUGGCCUACUUCGUAGGAGUCACUAGUCUGACACAAUCCCUAGCCCCAAAAUGUUUGGGAACCCCUGAUAAAAUCUACAAAAACCUCAACUUGGUUUGCAGCGAUAAUCAGAUGUUUGUCAGAGGGUGUAGCUGGGUCACAGUAAUGAAAUGAAACAGAUAAGAGCAAUGUCUGUUGUCUGUCUGUAAUGUGUCUGGUCCAGCUGUCAAAUGACGAGGAGCUCCACAACAUUGGGACGUCCAUGACGUUUGGCCUGGGGACGUUGUUCUGCUGGGUGCAAUCUGUCAUCACCCUGAAGGUCAACCUGAGGAACGAGGGCCGGAGGGCAGGCAUCCCUCGCUUCCUGCUGUCAGGGGCCGUCACCGCCUGCAUGCUGCUCUGUAUCCUUCCUCUGGCUUGCACCAGGGACUCACUCAUGUCACUUUACAGACGCUCUUAAACAAAGCGACUUACGGUAUGUGGGCUGGAUACAGCUGUAGUGGUGGAAACCUUUGUCACUUAUUCAGUCAUCGUAGAUCAGUGUUUACCACGAAGAAGGAAGCUAGGAAUUACGCAUUUUGAAAGUACGUUUUGUAAAGUGUUUUACCCUUAACCCCCCCGGUUCAGACUUUGCCCUGAUGGCGCAACGUCUUCACAUGCAUGCGGCGCGGGCGCAGUGGGCGCUGGUCAUGUUCUUCCUGGGCUUCCUCGCCACCUUUGCCAUUGAGUUCAGACACUACCACUUCGAGAUCGUCUGCACCGAUGACCGCGACCCGCCUCUCAGCCUGUCAGAAACCUUCUCCGAGGUGUCAGAGUACCAGUCUGACCAGCUAUAG